CUGAUACCGAAACUGAUGUUACGACAAUUCUGGAGUCAACAUCUCGACUGGGACACUGAGAUUGAUGCAGAGAACAGAAGUCAAUUUCUAGAAUGGAUGCAGCAGUUAAAUUUACUUCGAGUCAUGAAGAUUCCUCGCUGGAUUUUUGGUGAGCAACGGGAUGAGGAUUCUAUAUCCUUCCAUAUUUUUGUAGAUGCAAGCAAGGAUGCCUACGCCGCCGCUCUGUUUAUCAGAGUGCGAUCCAGAGCUGAAGUCAAGGUGCAUCUAGUUGAAGCAAAGUCAAGGGUAGCACUGCAAGGAAAGAAAACGAUACCCCGUCUCGAGUUACUGGCUGCUUCAAUCGGAGCAAGGAUGAUGCACUCCUUCGACAAAGCAAUGAAUUAUAAACAUAUUAAGAGAUAUUUCUGGAGCAAUUCAACGACCGUCUUGUCCUGGAUACGUCAAGAGAAGCAAUGGGCGGUAUUCGUGUGGAAUCGAGUCCAGGAAAUAAGGAAGCUUACUAAUCCAAAGUCCUGGAGAUAUGUGCCUAGAGCCCUAAAUCCGGCAGACUUGCCCUCCAGAGGCUGUAAUGCGAGGAAGCUUUUGGAGUCUAGAUGGUGGGAGGGCCCAGCAUGGCUAAAGUCACCAUCCGAAGAAUGGCCAGCAGAAGAAGAAGAAGCCGAUGAAGCACUAAUUAAUGAAGAACUUCGUAAAACUCCAACACAGUCAAAAAUUAAAGAAGAGACAUUUUCUGUGGUUGGGGGGAAUAUAGUUAUGAGUAACAUUACGAAGGACUCUACAGCACAAGGUGUUCCAUGGUAUUUACAAAGAUUUUCAUCGUAUUCCAAAGUUUUACGUCUGAUGGCAUGGAUGUCAAGGUUCAUCACAAAUUGCAAGAAGACACACACGAUCAAGGAUGAAGAGAUAACUGCGAAAGUGAUUUCGGCUGAAUUGCUUUUGUGUCGAUUGGCACAGAAAGAAUCGUUCAAAGGAGCCAAAGAUCCGCGAUUACUAGAACUGGACGUCUUCGAGGAUAAAGGACUUUUACGCUCACGAACAGUGAUUUCUAAUCGGCAAGACAAUUUCAAUUUUAAGUAUCCAAUAAUUCUUGAUCCAAAGCACUUACUGACAGAGAAGAUUAUUCGUUACACGCAUGUGAAACUGAAUCAUGCGGGCAUAAGCACCACUAUGAACAACCUACGAGAAAAGUUUUGGAUUCUUCAAAGCCGCAAAGCAGUACGUUCGGUAAUUCGCAAGUGCGUCACAUGUCGCAGAUACAGCGCAAAGAGAAUGGAAUCCCAGUCUGCGAUUUUGCCAGAGAAUAGAGUUAGAGACGCCGCUGCAUUCGAG